AUGUCUCGAUAUAUUCUGGCAGGCACCUUUUCGGAAAACUUCGAUCUCAGCCUGGGGGUCGGCGACCUGAUGUUGGAUGAAGAGGAGGAAAAGGCUGAGGAAAAAGCCGGCAAGAAGAAGGUUCUGCCAGGAGCCCUCCCAGAGAUCGACGGCGAGGAAAGUGUGACUGAUUAUGUCGCGAAGUUCAAGCGAGCCUGCUUGGGCAAGAAGAACACCUACAGGGAUGUGCUGGACAAGCUGGCCGAUGAGAAGGUGACUGGUCAUCAGUCGCCAGUCUGCAAAUGCAUAUUGUCAAGGUCCAAGAAGGACUUCGAUGAGACCAUGAACAAGAUCAGGGAUGCCCUCCUCCGCUUUACGAACAGUGCGACGGUGGUGGAGAAUGUGCUGCAGACCUACAUUGCACAUAACGCUGCUGAAGCUGCUGCAGUUGCAUACAACAAUGCACAAACCAUGGAGGAAGGAGAUCCCUGGCGCCCAGCACUUGUGCAGCUGGGACUGGCCCAUGCCUCGAAAUCUGACAAGGAGACUGUUUUCGUGAACAAUGUUCAAGCCUUGGGCUUGAUGCUGCGGACACAGGUACGAAUGAAGACGGUGCAAUUUCCUGAAGGUGCCAAGGCUCAUCCUGUUGUUUCAGUUAAGGAAUUGGCGACAGAAAUCUUGAGAUAUUAUCCGAGUAUACUUCUGUUUGGACAUGACUACAAACAGAUGGAUCAGGUUGAGACAGGCUUAUUGGAAUUCUGGACUCGCUUCCGCCACACCUGGCCUGGACAUGAGGUGUAUGUUACCCAUGCUGAGCACCUUUCCCGAUGCAUACCAUGCAGAGUGCAUGCAGAUGAAGGGACUUCUUUCCGGCGAGCUGGUAUCUAUCAACAGAGCUGGGGCCCUGUUCUGAAAGCAGGGCCGGCAAGUGCACUGCAUUGCUUCUUUUACUCUGCAAUGCUAGCGGAUGAGUACAAGGAUGACAAUCAAGGCUAUGGUUCAGGCAACAACACCUUGGACAGCCUCUUGAAGCAUUUCGUGGAAGAUGCAAACGAUUGCUAUCUGAAUGGUGUGCCUUCCCUCCAGGGGUUGUUUUACCUUGUCUUCAUCCGUCUGGAAGGAGAUCUUCCGGCGCAGGCCAAACUGGCACACUCAGGGCGGACCUACACCAAUGAUCCAAAUUGCAUGUGCCCCUGGUGCUCAGCAGAUGGCAAGGACAUGCCAUUCGGUGACUACCGGAGGAAUGCAGCCUGGCGAGGAACCAUUGGCCGUGACCCGCCGUGGAGGUCAUCGAGCCCUCUGCAUGAUCUGCCAGGAGGGGAAGAUGAUGGGUUCCUGUCGAAGGAUUUGUUCCAUAUCAGCCAUUUGGGCAUAACGAGGACCUGUGUGGCAUCUGUUAUAUGCUUCUUGGUUGAGAUGGGAUAUUUUUUGCCUGCGCCGGAACAUGGUACAUCUGUGCCGGCCUGCCUCAAGGAGGCAUACAAGGACUUCGCCUUCUAUUGCAAGAACAUAUUGCAUGAGACGCCCGAUGUGAAGACGUUCACCAAGGACAACCUGCGAUGGACCAGGGCGAAGUUUCCCGAGACCUCCUGGAAAGGCUCCGAUGGGCGUUUGGUCACAAAGUGGCUGAUCGAGUACCUAUCGAGGCCCUGGCUCCUGGAUGAUAUCACUUCGCAUGUUUUCGACCUGCUGACAGCUCUCGAUGACUUUCACCGCCUCUGCUAUGUGGUCAGUGACAGAGUCUGGAUGAAUGCCACGCAGAUGCGAAGUGCUCGGGCAUUGUUGGGCCGGUUCUUUGUUGCCUACUCGAUGGCAGCUCAGUUGUGCAAUGGACGGGGGAUGCUGUUUUUCAACAUCACCCCGAAAUAUCAUUACAUGCUGCACAUCGAGCACGACUUGAGACUUUCGAUGGGCCACAGUUGGGGUUUAAACCCUGCUUGCUUCGCAACGCAAAUGGAUGAAGACUAUAUGGGUGUCUCUAGCCGAUUUAGCCGUUCUGCUCACCCACUCGGUGCUGCAAAGCGAACGGCUCAGAGAUGGCUUAUAUAUUCGUGGUCCAAGUGGAAGCCUCACCUGUUUCACGUGUGA